ACAGGAUGUUUCGUCUUAACUCACUUUCUGCCUUGGCAGAACUGGCUGUGGGCUCUCGAUGGUACCAUGGAGGAUCACAGCCCACCCAGCUCAGGCGAAGACUAAUGAUGGUGGCUUUUCUGGGAGCAUCUGCAGUAACUGCAAGUUCUGGUCUUUUGUGGAAGAGGGCCCAUGCAGAAUCUCCACCAUCUGUAAACAACUUAAAGGCUGAAAUUGGUGAAAAAGAGAAGAAUAGAGAUGAAGGGGAAGUUUGUAACCAUGAAAAAAAGGCUACAGAUCCUGAACCUUAUCCAGAAGAGAAAAAAAAGAAACGUUCUGGAUUCAGAGACAGAAAAGUGAUGGAAUAUGAGAAUAGGAUUCGAGCCUACUCCACACCAGACAAAAUCUUCCGAUAUUUUGCCACCUUGAAAGUCAUCAAUGAACCUGGUGAAACAGAAGUGUUUAUGACUCCACAGGAUUUUGUGCGAUCCAUAACACCUAAUGAAAAACAACCAGAACACUUGGGUCUGGAUCAGUAUAUAAUAAAACGCUUUGAUGGAAAGACAGAGGUAACCUAUUGGAUAGUUGUGUACCUGGAUGCUGGUGUGGUGGUGCUUAAAAUUUCCCAGGAACGAGAAAAAUUUGCUGAUGAAGGCAGUAUAUUUUACACUCUUGGAGAAUGUGGGCUCAUAUCCUUUUCAGACUACAUUUUUCUUACAACUGUUCUUUCCACUCCUCAGAGAAAUUUUGAAAUUGCUUUCAAGAUGUUUGACUUGAAUGGAGAUGGAGAAGUAGACAUGGAGGAGUUUGAACAGGUUCAGAGCAUCAUUCGUUCCCAAACCAGUAUGGGUAUGCGCCACAGAGAUCGUCCUACUACUGGCAACACUCUCAAGUCCGGCUUAUGUUCAGCCCUCACAACCUACUUUUUUGGAGCUGAUCUCAAAGGGAAACUGACGAUCAAAAACUUCCUUGAAUUUCAGCGUAAACUUCAGCAUGAUGUUCUGAAGCUAGAGUUUGAACGCCAUGACCCUGUGGAUGGGAGAAUUACUGAGAGGCAGUUUGGUGGCAUGCUGCUGGCCUACAGUGGAGUGCAGUCCAAGAAGCUGACUGCCAUGCAGAAGCAGCUCAAGAAGCACUUCAAAGAGGGAAAGGGUCUGACAUUCCAGGAAGUAGAGAAUUUCUUUACUUUCCUAAAGAAUAUUAAUGAUGUGGACACUGCCUUGAGCUUUUACCAUAUGGCUGGAGCAUCUCUUGACAAAGUGACUAUGCAGCAGGUGGCCAGGACAGUGGCUAAAGUGGAACUCUCAGACCAUGUGUGUGAUGUGGUGUUUGCACUCUUUGACUGUGAUGGCAAUGGGGAACUGAGCAAUAAGGAAUUUGUUUCCAUCAUGAAGCAGCGGCUGAUGAGAGGCCUAGAAAAGCCCAAAGACAUGGGCUUCACCCGCCUCAUGCAGGCCAUGUGGAAAUGUGCACAGGAAACUGCCUGGGACUUCGCGUUGCCCAAAUAGUAACCCAGAACUGCAAGAGGGGGCUACCUGUCCACCCCAAGCACCCUGGACCCCCUUGAGCAGAGCCUCAGCAUAGCCCUUCGUGCUGCUGCUCCUGGGUAUAGUGCUUCCUUCCUCCUAGGAAUGACCUCAGGAUUCUGCUGGUUUCCCCUUGUCACCCCUCCCCUGUCCCGGUUCCACUAGGCUCUGAUUCUGCCCAGUGAUUAUCCCCAUAGGUUGUCAAAAACAUGAACAAGUCUUAAAAGCUCAGACAUUUGGCAUCUUCAGCAGCACUACCCAUUCAGGCGCCCUAUGGAUAAAGAAUGCAGGGAACCAUCCGCACACCUGCCAGCCCUGGGAAACAUCCAGUUCUCAAGUCAUGUUUGCUGUGGAUUUAUAUUAACAAGAACAUUCCUUGCCUCUCCUCCUACUGGUAUUUUUAAGCUACAAUUUGGGAAAAUCUCUGGCAGGCAAAAGGAAGUCAGAGAAGAUGACCCAGUCACCCUGAACUGGCAAGAAGCCUGGGCCAGAGGAGGGGUCUGUAUGGCCACUGGGGUAGCUCCACAUCUGCUCCAGAAAGGUAGUGUGCUCACAGCAGAGCAAGAUUCGAAAUUUUAAGUCAUUGCUUCGAGGCUCUCUCCACUCAUCUCUCGGGCUCUAUGCGAUGACUCCACCAUGACUCUGUGUUUAAUGAGCAACCAUGAUUGAGUCCAUGUUUCCUGCAAGUGCCAUCUCCCCUCCGGGAGUGGAUCUCUGAAGCUGAGGCCUGGCUCAGAGCCUGUCUGCCCUGUGUCUUAAAUACUUGUAAAAUGUCACUUUAAUUACAUAGUAGUUUGCAAUAAAUACCCCCAAAGACUCU